CCAACACACACACCCUCCUCCAAUCUCUUUGUCACUUUAUCUUACUUAGCCUUGUGCAUUCAUCUAACAAACGAUGUGGCCUCAAGUACUGGGACUAAGGGAUCUCUCGCUAAUUAUUCCCUUGACAUCAAGAAAAGAGAAAAGUAAGAAGGAGAAAGGGAGAGAGGGGUGUAGAUAGAUGAGCUGAGAGAGACAGAAACAUGUAGCCACAAUCACAAAGACCUACUGACAUGUUGCACCAUUUUAGAGAGAUUCCGUAAAGAGAUGCAUUAUUGCGAUAUUCUAGUUCUUAUGGGAAAAGGUUGUUUAACCCUUACAGUGCUGGGAAGCUCUGCUGCAAUAUUAUUGUUUUUUGUUUUUUUCAUUUUCUUAAAAUGUGAUCAUCAUUGAGACUGUUUCUAAUAUUUUUUUCUCUCUCUCUCUUUCUCUCUCCCUUUUUUCCGCCCGUGCCCCUCUUUCCAUUUCUGUUUUGCAGCUAACAAGUCCCUGUUGGGAGGAGGAGGAGGUAUCAUAGUCUCUGUUUGUCUUGUGUUCCCUGUUUGACACUCUGCAUUCUACAUACACAGCUGUCCAUUAAAUGUAGAUAUCUGUUGCUGUACUGAGCUGUAUGUCUACCUGUUUGCUCUCUCUGGAAACCACAGCCACUUCUCACAUUGGUGCAAAUGUAAAUAUGUGUGAAAACUAAAAAAAAUUCAAACUCGAAAUUUGGAACAUCAAAAACAUACAUUAGUUUUUUAGGAUACUAAUUAAACUACAUUGUUGUAAAUUUAAAUUUUGGCAAAUCUAAGUGACAAUUUUAUAAGAAAUCUAAAUCUGCUGGCUGAAUUGGUGGCGCCAGUUUGAAUAAUGCUAACAUUUUUGCACAAUUUUGCAAAUCUGCUCUUUGAUUUUCCCAUCAUUCUUCCUCUAUCUCAGUGGUUCCCAAACCAGUCCUCACACGCCCUACCAGUCCAGGUUUUAGGGAUUACCCAGUUGUGUCUAAGGUGGUUUGUUUUGUGGGUUUUUAUUUAUUUAUUUAUUUUUCUUUUAAAAACACCUUAGAUACAACUGGGUAAUCCCUAAAUCCUGGACUGGUAGGAUGGGGCAUGGGGACUGGUUUGAGAACCACUGCUCUAUCUGAAUUUGCUAGACAUGGCUGUUGCAUGAUAUGGGAUGGUAAGGCAUGUAUAAUACGAAAGUUAUGUUGUCAACUGGUUCUAGAGAAAUCAUAAUAAAAGGCAAAACUGAAGAUUGAGUGAUCUAUAAAUGUCUCCCGGACCUUGAUUUGGCACUGUUUCCAGCAGUAUAUGAUUCAUCCUUGUAUACCUCUCAUAUUUCAUGGUUUGUAGAUCUAGGGUUUCUUAAAUCUUAUGGCAACAUAUUACAUGAUUGUACUGGUUUUGUAAUGUCUCAUGUAUUGUUAAAUUUCCCCCCCUUUUAAUAAUAUUGUAAAGCACUGCGGAAUAAGUUGGCAAAAAUAAUAAUAAUAAGAUAAAAGUAAUCUGGAAGCUGUAAUUUACAUGGUUUGCACCAAUGUUUCAUAGCAUUGGACAUAUCACGCAAACAGUAUUCUAGUAUUUUUCUAGUAUUUUUGGUGUUGGAAUCUGAAAAAGAAAAAAUAAAUAAAUAUGGAAAAAUAGAGAAUAAAAUAAAUAAUGAGGCGGGCAGGUUAGUGAAAUAAAGCGGGGGUGGGGGAAGAAACAAUAAGAGCGCAGGUGAUAGUGGGAAGAAAGGCUUGUUAACUGGGAACUUAGGCAGAUGACUGCUUUGAACCUGAAUAGUCCAUGGCUCCCACACCUUCACUGCAUGUUACUAUAUUGUGUGUUCUACAGUGAGUUACUCCUUAAUAUACAUACAACAUUUUGUUAUGUUUUUAAUGCAUGGGAUGACAUCACUCACUGUGUACUAUGGGACUUGAAAGCGUGGUCUUCCUGUCAAAAUAGCAAGCAGAUAACAUAAUAUACCUUAUUAUUUAUAUUUUUAAAAAUUGAGAUACUGAAAAUGACACUUAUCAGACAUAUUACCUAUUUUAGUUAUUUUAUAUAGUUUUAUCAUUCCCAUUUGUACCCUGUGCAGAACUACAUGUCUUGGUAUAUGUCUGUGGACAUUGAUGCACCUUCAUUAAAAAUUGGUAUCGCUUUCAAAUGUAGCUGCUCUGAAAAAUAUCAAGUUGGCAUUCCCUACAUUAAAGGCUUCUCUGUAGAUCAUAUUUUCCAAGGCCACAAAAUGAAGAAUAAUUUCAAAAUUCCCAGGUUUUUACCUGUACAAUAUCACUUUGCUAUACAUGGCUGUCUCUCAUUCCUACACGGCUAUCUUCCUAAGCACAGACCUUAUGCUGCUUCCUCGUUGAUUUAUUGCAUCUCUAAGUACCUGAGCUUAGAAUUAAUGGGAUUGAAAAAGCAAUUAAAAGAGUGAAGACAAACAUAGAAUGGAAAAGAGAGAGAGAGGGAUAGGCCAAGUCAGGAGAGGUGGAGGGAGGGGGCAGGCAGCAUGGAAAAGAAUGAUGGCUCUGGCUUGAUAGAGAUUGUACAAAACGAGAAAUAGUAGAAAACCGAGAGCUGACGGCAAAAUGGAAUAUUGGAGAGAAUCUGCGUUACACAGGGAUGACAAAUUGGUGAGUGAGUGAAGGUCGGGAAGGAUCAGUGGAGAGGAGAAGUAAAGCUCAAAAGGCAGAAAUAGAGUGAAUAUGUGGGCUUUAUCAGAACACAUUGAAGUUAUUAACCCUUUCUGGACCAUGAUUAAACAAACCUCCUUUCGGUCUGUCUUGCGGAUCCAAAUCUCACGUAGUGAGUGGAGUUGUGUCUGUAGGGUUGAGAGGGUGGUCCUCUUCAUUCCCCCGGAGUAUGCUGGGUUUUACUUUUGUGUCCAUGUGGGUUCGUUUGUUGGUGUACCAGGCAAAGGGAGGUAUCCCUGUGUGUUGUUCCAGUCCCCUUCGUUUGUGAGCAGCUUUUAGACUUCAGUUGAUAAUUUCCAAAAGUUUGUUAGCACAGUUACAGGUGUGCACUUUGUGUAGGGCUGCGAGGCAUAGUUGAGGAAAUAAAAAUGUAAGUUAAAGCAUACAUUGAACAUUGCUUCGCUAUGGGUAGCAAGCGUAAAAUCUUUCAACAUAACAUAUUUAAACAUUUAGGAUAUUCACAUUGCCAUCUAAGGCUUUUAGGUACCCGAUACGUGUCUUAUCUGUGCAUGUAAUACUGUGUGUCCGAGAAUGGGUUGGUUCAGGGAGUCGUUGGCCUGCUGCUUAAGCUACCUUAUCAUUUGGGAUAUUCAGAUAACCACAUACCCAAGACUCUUAAACUCCUGCUCAGUACUAAAACUGUGCUAUAUAUUCUGUGUGUCCUAGGCCGGGUGGACCCAAUUACAUGUUGGUGCACCCCACUGAGUGGUUAAUCUGUUAAAUAGUGCUGAGAUUAAAUAAUGGCUACUGUGUCUCCGAGACCGGGUAGGGGAUGUGUUGGUCCUCUAUUUUGAAGACAUGUACAGUCUGAGCGUUCAUUCUAUCGAUUUACUUAGAUACGCAAAUACCUGAACAAUGCAAAAACUAAACUAUAGAACUAAACAACUUGCACUGUAUGUCCUUGGCCUGGUAUUCUCUGGGGCAUAUUGGCUCCCACUACAGUGUGGUUAAACAUGUAAACCAUGCUGUGCUUAACUAAGGAAUACUGUGUUUUUGAGGCUAGGUUGGCUCAGGAAUAUGGUGGCCCUCCACAUGAGAUGUCUGGACCUUUGGGGCGUGCAGAUUAUCAAAUUUAUUACACACUCAAAUGCCCUAACAAUGCUAUAAUGAAACAUGGGAAUUAGACAUUAUGCACUGGGUGUCCUAGGCCUGGUAGACUCCGGGGCACAUUUGCUCCCACCCCAGAGCCAGCACAGCCAGCUCCCCCCUGCAGCCGCCAGAACAGCCAGGAGCCAGCUCCCCCUGCGGCCGCCAGCAAACCUGACCCAGCUGUCUACCCUGCAAGACUCAUGUCCGGUCGCCCACGGGUAGCUAUAUUAUGUCUCAGUCUGUCAGUGUUUGUGUGUGUGUCUGUCUGUCUGUCAUGGUGUGUGUGUCUGUCUGUCAUGGUGUGUGUCUGUGUCUGUCAUGGUGUGUGUAUGUGUCUGUGUCAUGGUGUAUGUGUCGUGUGUGUGUGUCUGUCAAGGUAUGUGUGUGUGUCUGUGUCAUGGUGUAUGUGUCUGUGUCAUGGUGUAUGUGUCGUGUGUGUCUGUCAUGUUAUGUGUGUGUCUGUCAAGGUGUGUGUUAUUAUUAUUAUUAUAGCCAUUUAUAUAGCGCCAACAGAUUCCGUAGCGCUUUACAAUAUUGUGAGAGGGGGAUUUAACUAUAAAUAGGACAAUUACAAAAAACUUACGGGAACAAUAGGUUGAAGAGGACCCUGCUCAAUCGAGCUUACAUUCUAUAGGAGGUGGGGUGUAAAACACAUUAGGACAGGAAUUUGCAGUCAAAUAAGGUGGGCUGCCCUUUAGGAGAGAGCAAGAGACAGGUAUGUGAGGCAGAGGUUAGUCUUGGAGGCCAUAAGCUUUCCUGAAGAGAUGGGUUUUAAGGCACUUCUUAAAAAAUGCAAGACUAGGGGAGAGUCUGAUGGCGGUAGGUAGGCUAUUUCAUAGGAAGGGAGCCGCCCGCGAGAAUUCCUGCAAGCGUGAGUUGCCCGUACGGGUGCGGACAACGGACAGGAGGUGGUCAGGGGCAGAGCGGAGAGACCGAGAAGGGACAUAUCUUUGGAUCUGUGAGGAGAUAUAAGAGGGGCUAGAGUUAAGUGCUUUAUAGGUGUGAAUUAAUACCUUGAAUUGACUCCUAUAGCAUACAUGAAGCCAAUGUAAGGACUGGCAGAGGGGUGAGGUGUGAGAGAAUCGACUAAAGAGGAAAAUCAGUCUGGCAGCAGCGUUCAUUAUGGACUGUAGCGGUGCAGUACGGCUUUUGGGAAGACCAAUAAGGAGAGGGUUACAAUAAUCCAAUGCGAGAAAUUACUAGAGCAUGGACAAGCUCCUUGGUAGUAUCUAGUGCAAGAAAGGGGCGGAUGCGAGCUAUGUUUUUAAGAUGGAAUCCACAGGAUUUGGCAACAUGCUGGAUGUGAGGCCAGAAUCAAGUAUGACGCCAAGACAGCGCGCUUGCAAGGAUGGACUGAUGUGGGUACCACAAACUUGAAGGGAGAGGGAAAGAGGAGGAUCAGUAUUAGGAGGAAGAAAGACAAGGAACUCAGUUUUAGAGAGAUUGAGUUUCAGAAAGCGGGAGAACAUCCAGUCAGAGAUGGAAGAAAGGCAAGCAGUGACACAUUGCAGGACGGCAGGUGAGAGUUCCGGGGAGGAGUGAUAUAACUGGGUGUCAUCAGCGUACAGGUGGUAGUGGAAUCCAAGAGAGGCAGUAUAGAGAGAAAAUAGAAGGGGACCAAGGACAGAGCCCUGGGGGACUCCAACUGAGACAGGAUGAGGGGAGGAGGUAUCAUUAGAAAAGGAGACAUUGAAUGAGCAUUGGGAGAGAUAAGAGGAAAACCACGAGAGGACAGAGUCACAGAGACCAAGUGAUUGAAGAGUUUGAAGAAGGAGAGCAUGAUCAACGGUGUCAAAGGCCGCAGAGAGGUCAAGAAAAAUUAGUAUGGAGUAGUGGCCUUUGGAUUUAGCUGCGAUUAGGUCGUUACUAACUUUGAUAAGCGCUGUCUCAGUAGAGUGGAGAGGGCGGAACAUGCAUAAGGGAAGAUUAGGUCAAGGGUAUUGCCAGCUACAUGGGUGGGAGAAUUAGCCCACUGUGAUAGUCCAAGGGAGGAAGUAAUUGAGAGUAGUUUAAAGGUCAAAGGUGGGUUAAUAGGAAUAUUGAAGUCCCGCGAAUUAGGGAUGGAAUAUUAGAAGAGAGGAAAAAGGGUAGCCAGGCAGCAAAGUGAUCAAGGAAGAGAAGAGGGGAGCCAGGGGGAUGAUAAACAACAGAGAAGGGUUUGAAAAGGCAAAUUUAAUGUAUUUCAAAUGAUCGGAAAGAGAGGGAAGGGGGGGUGGGUAGAGGUUUAAAGGAGCAUUGAGGGGAGAGGAGAAACCCUACACCACCACCUUCACAUUCAGAGUUUCUUGUGUUGUGGGUAAGUUGAAGACCACCGAAGGACAAAGAUGCAGGGGUAGCAGUGUCAGAGGGGGAUAGACAGGUUUCUGUUAAGCCUAGUAAAUCUAUUGAAUGAGAGAUGAAGAAGUCAUGGACAGCAGUGGAUUUAGUAAUAUUGCAAACAGAGCGUGCAUUCCAGAGGGCAGUAUUGAAGGAGGAUUUAGAGAAACAUGAGAUGGGUAUGAGAUUCGUGUGGAUCCUUGGGUUAGUAUGUCGUGAGUUUGCUGAGAUGGGACCGGGGUUUGGAGAGACAUCACCAGCUGCUAGGAGCAGAAGGAUAGAAAGGAAGUGAAGGUGGGAGUAGGAUUUGAGUUUUGUAGGAGGGUAUGUAUGUAGAGGAGUUGGUGGAGAUAGGCUUGAAAGGUAUGUGUAGAGUGCAUGGGAUGAAUAGUAAGGUGGAAGUAAUGAACAUGGUGUUGCCAGGUGACAGGUGAGCAAAAGGAUAGGGAUAUUUUAGUAAUGAGAGAAGUUAGUGUUAAAGUGAAAAAUAGAAGGGAGAACAUUAGAGAAAGUGUAUUCUGUAGAAUAUAUAUAUAUAUAUGUGUAUUCUAUAGAAUAUAUAUAUAUAAGUUUACUCAAUGAUGACGUAUAGGGGGCGGACCGGAAAUCGGAUAUGUUCGCCCAACGCGAACACGCUAUUGUUCGCCGGCGGACAUUUCACGACAUCUCUAAAAAUGACAUGAUCAUACCAACUUUAAGAAAAACAAAAACAGAAGAUCAGGAUGGGAGAUAUAGUUAUCAAUUAAGCAGUGAUAGUAUAGGGAGGGAGAUGGAAUAGAACACAAUUUUAAAUUAAGAGUUUAAAGGAAACAGUAAUGCAGGAAUUCCUGAGUAGAUCUUCCAGAGAUGAUACCUCUGCUCAGAAGAUUCUGCAGGACUUGGUCGCUUGGGAGUGCUGGGUGUUAAUGCUGUUUUAAGGGGCCCAGUCUCUGCUCAGAACAUUCUGCAGGACUUGGUUGCUGGGUGUUAAUAUUGUGUGUCUAUCAUGGUGUGUGUGUGUCUGUCUGUCAAGAAAUGUGUGCCUCUGUCAUGGUGUGUGUGUCUGUCAAGGUGUGUGUGUGUGUGUGUGUCACGGUGUGUGUGUGUGUGUCAUGGUAUGUGUGUGUCUGUCAAGGUGUUUCUGUGUCUGUCAUGGUGUAUUUGUCUGUGUUAUGGUGUAUGUGUCUGUGUCGAGGUGUGUGUGUGUCUGUCAUGGUAUGUGUGUGUCUGUCAUGGUGUGUGUGUCUGUCAAGAAAUGUGUGUGUGUGUGUGUCUGUCAAGAAAUGUGUGUGACUGUCAUGGUGUGUGUCAAGGUGUAUGUGUGUCUGUCAAGGUGUUUGUGUGUCUGUCAAGGUGUGUGUGUCUGUCAAGGUGUUUCUGUGUCUGUCAAGGUGUGUAUGUGCGUGUCUGUCAUCUGUCGUGGUGUAUGUGUGUGUCUGUGUGCGUUUAAAAAUAAUGUUUUUACUCACUUUUUUUUUUCCCAGCCCUGUGCUGCAGGGCUUGCAUAGAUUUUUUUCCAGGGCUGUUUUGUAUCCCCAGUCUGGCCCUGGUGGCCCCUGUACAUUUAGGGUGUUCAGAGUGCCAGAUAUUCUAGAUAUUUAAGUGCCUGUUCAGUGCUGACAUUAAACAAUAAAGCUAAACAAUAUGCCCUGUGUGUCCCAAGCCUGUUGGAUUCCGAGGUAUAUAUGGACCUCGCUAUAACAUAAUUACAUGUAAAAAGUGCCAAAUCUAAACAAUAUGCAUUUUUUUGUCUAAAACUAAUCGGGAGCUGUUGGAGUUUCGGCUCCCCGGAAAGGAUAUGAUCAAAGCUUGUCUGACAGUUCAUCCGGUGGGGCCCUAAACGGGGCCUUUGGGGUGGUCUCUUUCUUGUGUAUUGUCUUGGAGGGAGCGGGGUGUUACUUCUUUUAUUGGUGUUUGUGUUGAGCUGGUCCGCCGCUUGUAGUGUGAGGCCCAGUGUUGAGGCAAAGUCCUUCAUUUAUGCUGGAUGUUAAAGGGUGUAUUCCUGUUCCCCUUGCCGGACUGUUAGAUUAAAUGGGUGUCCCCAUCGGUACUUAAGUCCUUGCUGGGUUAGAGCUAUUGUGAGUGUUUUAUGUUCUCUCCUCUUCUUCAAUGUUGUGGGUGCCAGGUCUUGAACAAAUGCUAGCGUUUGCCUGUGAUAUUUCGGUGGUGCAGUUCUUGCGACCGCCAGGAGCCGUUCCUUGGUGGUGAAGUGGAGCAAUCUUACAGUUACGUCUCUUGGGGCUGUGGUGUUAAAUGCAGGUGGUCGUAGGGCUCUAUGAGCCCUUUCUAUUUCCCAGUCCUAAGCUGUGGUGUCCCGUAGGAGUGUUUGAAAUGGCUCCUGGAGUGUGGGCAAGAUGGCGUCUGCCAGUACUGUUUCCGGAUGGCCACAGAUUCGUAUAUUAUUCCUCCUGGAUCUGUUGUUCAAAUCCGGCAGGUUAUCUUCCAGGAAUUGCAGCUUGUCACUCAGGUAAAAUAUAUCCUGGCUGUGUUGUGUGGUUUUAGCAUUUAGGCUCGUUAUGUCUGUUUUGGCCUGGCUGAUGCAUUCUGUUAAGGCCUCGAGGUCUUCCUUGAAGUCCGAUAUUUGCCUUUCGAGCUCUCUUGCGGUGUGCAUUUUAAUUUCUGCGGUGGCCUCCUGUAGCAUGCGAUGGAGGUCUUGUUUCAUUAGCGAGGCUUGUUGUCCCACCGAUGCUUCGCUGCAGUCAGAGUCUGAGCCAGAUUCCUGUAGGCCUUGGCUUAAAGAUGGCCGCCCCUGUUCUCUGGGCCCAGAACAUUGUGGCCACUGAUGGCGUUAGUUCCUUUUUUUUUUCGUGCCCCCCAUGAUGUUGCUGGUUGGGUAAGCCUGUGGGUGGCUAGUGGUGUCUGUUUGGCGACUGGAUGCCUGGUAAAAUGUGCUGAUUGUAGCUAGAUGUAACUCCUGAGAGGGAGAGCAAGAGACUCAAGCAUCCAUCCGCAUUGGUGGUCAGGCUCCGCCCCCCUAGAGUAUUCUUUUAACAUUAACCUCAAGGCUUUUAAUACUUAAUGGCCCCAAAGUCCCUCUCUGACCUUGUCAGAUACCCUUCUUACGUUGAUUGUAUCUAUCACAAUAAACAGACCACUAACCCUAAUUCUCUUUCUAAUUCUUAAUCUAAACAACCACCACUUUAUAUGCAGGAGUCUCUCUUACCUUUUCCUACCAGCUUACCUGCUCUGGACUAAGAAUCUAUUAAUCCUCAAAGAAAGCUAGGGGAUCCCCCAGUCCACCAUUAUGCAUUGUCCACCACUCCAAAGGCCAGUGAAUUAAGGAACAGGAGAUGCCUAUUCUCCUGGUACCAGUACUGUGUACAAUGGAUAGGGCAUCAUCUGGUCUUGUAGUGAUGAGGUGGGGAUUUAUACUUAUUGAGGUAUGAGGGUUUGAAGGCCCUCAUAUUGUAGCAGAAUUGGGUGCAUGGAACUUGUGCCUCCCCUGGCACUGAAAUCAUUGGAUUAUGUGAUUCUAGACAGUUCACUAUUGUUAAUAAACUUCCACCCAACAAGUCAAGAGGUGGAGGAAGCUGUUGGGGCAAUUUGUUCGGCACUUACACAGUUUUGAUUUGAUUAUCCUUUUCCUCAACAUACAUAGGACAAAAGAAGAGGGAGAUAUAAUUUCUGCUCCAUUCCUCCAGUAAAUCUUGUUGUAAGGGUUGUACUAAAAUUUGGCUGUAUUUUGGAGAGGCAAUUUGCUGGGCUCUUUCUAGUUUUAAGCAUUCAAGCAUGUUUAAUGUUUACUUUUCUUUUGUUUGUAUGUAUGUAUGUAUUAAAAGAAUUUACUUUAACUUUUUAUUGUUGCAAGGAAUAAAUUCAGUAUACAAUGGAGCAGUUAAGAAAGUUCCAAUAAAAUGCAAAUUAUAGAGUGUAAUAAGUGUGAUGUCAGCAAAAUGGAGGUGAAAAAACUAGAGGAGUGAGGGUGAGGGUAAGAAUAGAUGCCAAAAAAUGAUAACUGGGGAAAGUACCAGACUAAAGUCAUCUGCCCUAACCAGAGCAGCAUUCUACAUUUAAGCCAGAUAAGGAUUAAUAUCCCACAGGGCCUUCGUAAUGUUACCAGGUUGGAACCCCCUGUUUAUUCUUUGCAAAGGAAUGAUUAAUGAAACCAAGCAAUCUCAUGGUUCUGGGUCCUGUAUGUCUAACUCCUGAACCCUAAGUAACCACCUAAUUUCACCUUGUGGUUAAUCCUGCUUUGAUUUGAACUAAAAAGUCUACAAUUUUUUUUUUCUUCAACUAGGAAGCCCAUACUUUAAUUGCAAAAAAUAAUUCACAAAAUAUAAUAGGAAAAUAUUUUUCUGUUUGCAAAAUCCGUUUGUGUGCAUAGAGGAAGCCAUUUAAUUCAAAAUCCCAUAACUGACUAAUCAGGAUUUGAUAGGUCCAAAGGAGAUGCCAUAGUAUUUCAGAGUUGGCAAAGGGAAUAGAAGGGAAGCAUUUUAUUGUGGCCAUGUCCAAUAGUACUGUAACAAAUUCCAGAACAGAAGUUGUCUGUUGAAAACCAUCCAAAUGAGAAAGAAGUGCAAGUUAUAUAAUUUUGUUAUAUGGUGAAAUUGACAGAUUUCCUCCCACCCCCUCCCACUUUUAAAUUUUUUGAUAAAUUGUUAAACAUAUUAUGUUGCACUUUAUGUCAUCAUUUUAAUUAAUCCACUGCCCCAACCGAUUUAUUCACAAAACCAUAUGUUAAGCUAUUUUGGUAGGACUUUUUCAGCUCUCCAUAGUCCCCAGUUUAGUGAUCCAGUUCAUAUCUUUUCCCACACCUGUCCCAUGGGCUUUUGUUUUUUGUGAUUUAUUUAUUUUUUGUUUUGUUUUAUUUCAGAUAGAAAUGUGUAAUUAAUUUGAGAGGCAGGCAUAAUAAAGUACAUUAAAAAAAAAAUAUGGUUUUUCUAUUUAAAUAUUCUAGUUACCGAAUGUUUACAACUGUGUACUAAGAAAGCAUUCUGUGGAAAUUAAGAACUAUUGUCUGCAGAUCAUUUAGGAUACAAGACCUUCUUAUUUUCAGAUUAACCUUCAUUUGUGCGUUAUUGCAAGUUGGCAUCAAGUAACGUAGAUGUUUAGAGCAGUAAGCACGAGGUUGUGUAUUGCGUGUGUGAGUCAGUAAACACGGUUUUAGGCAUUAUUUGUUUUUGCGCUCUGAUUUUGGGUUUUGUUUGUGUUUUUGUUUUUUGUUUUUUUUCUUCAUGACAUUUCUGCUUCUUUUGAAGCUGGCUGCUCCUAUGUUGUUGAUUUGAUUUCCAGCUAAAUUAUAAGUUACCAGAUUAGAACCAAUUCAUGAGAUGAUAUUUAAUUGUGUCCCACAAGGGAGGGAAAGGCAGAGCACAACAGAGAGAGAGGAUUCAUAACAUGAUGGAGACAGAGUGAAUAAGCAGAAAGAACGGUGAACACCUGAAAGUAUUAGGACAAAACAAAAAUGCAUCUAAAAUGCAGAAUGAUUGAGACACCACGAGAAAGUCUAUAAAACAGUUUUAGACAAAAUAAGAUAAAUGUCUGUGUAUUAACUAAAAUAAUAAUAAAGCAUUAUAUUAUUAUUACAAGGUGGUAAUGGAUAACGUAAACUCAGCAUUUCCAAUACAACUCACUGAUUAAUAACACAGAAGAAUAUCAUAAUAUGGAGUGAAAGUGAUUAGAGACUGAAGGUUGAGAGGGCUUGUGAGAGAACAUUAAGCUUCUCAGUAGAUGAUGAGGAAGAUGAUUAGCUAUGUACAUCAUUCUGUCACACAAAGGUAUCACCUUUAUGGCAGCACUAUUCUCUAAAGUGAGAAUUCAAAGUGAAUUUAAACUUAAGGCCAACAUAGCCGACUUGCAGAUUUUUUUUCAGUUUAGAUAUUUUGACCCAAGAUUUUAAAUUCACUUUGACUCAAUAUCCCACUUGGCUGAUGUGUGACUUCAUUCGGGGCAGCGAUAUUAGUAGCUCUGUCCAUGGUGCUGAAAACUAGCAUGCUGCUAAUACAGGAUUUGAGUCUGUUUUUCCACUUUCAAUUCAUUUCAGUGUUUCGCUUCCAUGUAUCUGUCUCUUUCAUUGCUUUGCUACAAUUAUCCUUUUUUGUUUUGACCCUCAUCUCUUUACUUUGUAUGGUGAACACUUCUCCUUGUCGCUCUCCAGUGGAUGGGUGCAUUCACGAUGCAGCAGGUCCUCUCCUGAAACUGGAAUGCAGCACUCUCAAUGGCUGUGACACCGGAGAGGCCAAAAUUACAUGUGGUUACCUUCUGCCUGCCAAAAGUAAGCCUGAUCCCAUAUUUUCUCCUAUAGCAGGGGUAGUCGACCUUCGGCAAUCCAGAUAUUUUGGACGGCAUCUUUUCUGACGCUUUUCCAGCGUUACAGCGAUGUAGGUUGCCAACCCUACAGAUAAACCAUCAAUAUUCCACACCUAGUAGUCAUCCACCUGGGUUCAAAUCUGUGUUGAUAGAACAAGGUUAUUCACUAAAGUGUAAAUUGUAGUAGACUGAAAUUACAAAAUUAUAAGCCAAAAAUAGAUGAUCUAGAAAUAAAAUCUCUAUCUCAUCUCUACUCCUAUAUUUUCAAUCUGGAAGUUUGUCAGUAACUCUGUCAGUACUAAGAACAUAAAACAUCUGCAAUAAAAAUAUGACUGUUAUUUUAUCUUAAAUCUAGAAUCAUGUGGUAUUGAAAAGGCAAUUGCAAGCUUUAAGUUUUAAAAUAGCCGAGCUAAAAAAAAUUAAACUCCUCCUUUAUAUCACACUAUUCAUGGUUUGUAUGAAUUAAGUAGUUUGUAUUGGUUGUUUUUCAAUUCAUUUGCAAAAUAGCUUGCAAGUUGAAGAUUUAUCCAUUUUGGCUAUUCUGGAGUAAAAUGUGUGAUAUAGCCUUGUCAAUCCUCUGCAAAUUCCCAUUUUAGCAACAGGCAGCUAAUUCUAACUCCUGAGCUUCCUACAAUUUUAUGUUUCCCCUUUCUGGGUUUGUAGGUCUACAUAUGAUUUCUUCGAAUACUAGUUGUAAUAUUGUAUAGCCUAUCGGUCAUUGGCAAAGCUGUGCUUCACUUUGACUGGAUUACAUGGAUGUCAGUGGCUAGGUACGGUUUUUGCUAAAAGUGUCAUUCACAAUUUUCUUGUUUAUUUCUGACGUCCAAGGUGUCAUUCAUGCGGUGGGUCCAGUGGCUAGGGGCGCCCCAGAGCCCAGUGACCAGGAAGAGCUGAAGAACUGUUAUAAGAAUAGUCUGAGACUGGCAGAAGAGAAUAAGCUACGAAGUGUGGUGAGCAAGCCAUGGGAUGAGGGGGGGUUGCCAGUAUGUUUUGGUGUAUCUCAACCACUAUAAAUAAACAAAUACAUCGGUAGAAGUAAGCAAUAAGAGGUGCCAUUCUCAACCUUAUCAUCGCCCUCUUCCUGUCUCUGAAAACUGGUGAAUUACAUAAAUAGGAAGCAGAAAAACAAUACCACUUUUUUUUCUUUUCAUCACCCUCAAUUAUGCUUUCUUGUGCUGAACAUGGUGAUUUUCUUUUACACCUUUUGUUCUACCAAUGUGCUUUCUCAGUAUUUUGUUUUUCUUCUCAUUGUCUCUCCAUAUUGUUCUGCAGCUGUCUGUAUUUUUUUUUCUCUAUUCUUUUUCCUAUGCACCUUGCACCUUGUGGUUUUGCAGUACAUUAGCACCCCUAAUGGUAAAAUGCAGGAAGUGAUGUUAUGUAUUUUUAGACUUGUUUGUAAAGUCAUAAGGCCUUGAAUUAGGAUAUUGUAAUUACUUUUAUAUAAAAUAGCUUUUAUUACGGAAUAUGACCUUCAGAUGACAACAGUACGUAACGUUUUUCCAAUAAGAAAUGGGAGCAUUUAGAUAAGAAAAACAAGUGUUUAAUACACUUUUUCCAAUUCCACAAGUAGGACACAUAGUUGCAUAAAAUUUCAAACCAGGAGUGAGUGGUCUUGCUGGACAAAAGAAUAUAUAACGGCUUAAAACCUGCGUACGUUGAGUGGAGUGCUGGUCCCAAGAAGGGGCUCCAAAGUCCUCUAACCAGCACUUUAAUGGAUUUUUAGGACAGUAGUAAAACAAUAAUUGGUGACGAAAAAACUAAAUUUGUAUGUGACAUUAAUGCACAUAUUGAUAUAUAUAUUUUUUUUUUAUGUUAUAUCAUUGUCCACAUUUGUAAUGUUAAGAUUAACUUUAUUUUCAGGAGUUUAGCCUGGAGUGAAGGUAGAUGCACUAUGUAAUGUAAUACAAUUAUGAGUUUAAUGAGCAUCAUGAACCAUGGGGGCCUUACUAAAACCCUUGAGCACUCUGUUAUAUAAUCAAGGUCACUUUGAGCAAAUCACAACUUAAGAGACAUGAUGUGGCUGUUGAAAAGUCUUGUCCAGCGCUAACAUUAUUGGGGAACUCAUGUUGGGAACUAAUGUCCACUACACGAUUCUAAGUUUUGAGACAUAUGAUUUGAGUUGCAGUUCCACAACAUCUCGCUUCCUGUAAUUUGUACAGCAAAUGAUGAUACACCAUCUCUUGUGAACAUGUUUACAUUUCUGCUUGUCAGUGUCCCCAUGGUUCAUGAUGCUCAUUAAUUGCAUCUUUGGACAAGCUUCAGUGUUUGAAUCUUCUUUUAUUAGACUGCUUAAUGUUUGGUCAUGUAAAGUGCCAUGGCAUUUCUUAAAUUCGAGCCAAAAGGGGUAGCCCCCUUGAUCGUAUGUCCCUGAGAACACCACCCGUAACAAGUUGAUAGGGUUUAAAGGAACACUUUAGUGUUAGGAAUACAACAUGUAUUUCUAACACUGUGUUCCUCAGCCAAAGGGGUCCCCCUCAAAGCAUUGUAAAGAGUUAAUCCUUUAUUCACUUACCCAAUUCCAGCACCGAGGUACGCCUACUCCAACAUCAUCUGAUGGGGAGACCUAAUGCACAUGCAUGGCGAGAGCAUUAGCCUUUCACCAUAGGAAGCUUUGCCUCAAUGCUUUCCUAUUGGUUUUUCUCAGACACUGGAUGUGGCCAUGCAAACAUGAAGACAUCCAGGGACGCUUCAGGUAGUUAAACUCCAUGAAACUCCAGGAAGCAGAGCUAGUGACUGUCUAUUUUAAGGGACAAAAUAAGGGAAUAACGUCUUUGUAUUGCCAUAUUAAAACAAUAGUGUACUUUAAUAAGGACCAUAAAAUUAUGGUUCAAUGCCUAUUCCAUAGUCCUGGUACAUGUUGUUACUCCCAUCCAAAUAGACCACUUUAAUCAGUGCACAGGAAAUACUAUAUUUUUAUAUAAAAUAGGAUAUGUCAAGGAUACUGUGGGAGAGACACAAAGAACAGACCUGCCCAUGUGCUAUUUUUAUAUGUAGAUUCAAUAAAGGUUUUAUUGUUUGAUUGAGAAUAUUAAUUUCCCACUGCUGAGGGAUCCAACUAUUUUUUCCAUUAUUUAGCUCAAGGAAGUACCAGGAUGUGUAUUGGGAUAUUGAACCUAAAUAACAGCUUCAUUGUAAAAACGGGAUAACGUUGUCUGCUUAUCUUUGUAGAAGGAGGUACUUGCCCAGUCUAAAACAAGUAGUCGUUCGAAUAUUUGUGUAAAUAUCUGGGGGUGGGUUUUCUCCAUUGAAGCAAUAUGGCAUCACCUGCUUUAAAAGAACCUUGCAAAGUAUGAACAAUGGAUUGACUCGUGGUAUGCCCUAAAUACAUCUAACUCUCCAUAACUGGAGAACUUUUAUUUGCUAUGAUUCCACUCUGAUGAGAUAUAUCUGUUCUCUAGGCAAGUUCAAUGGCUCUUACAUAUGUAUGAAGUCAAGAUAGUUUGACAAUAAGCCUUAAGGUCACCAGGCAUGUGUUGAUCUGUUAACUAAACAUUGUUAAUGGUUCUUUAAGUACAGAUAUGUGUCAGUACUUGUGUUUGCUAUUAUUUGUACUAUUCUAGAUAAAUAGUACUUUCUGAACAAUAAGUGUAAUAGCUUCAGCAACAUUGGCAUUUAGUGAUUUAAUACCAUAACUGACAAUUACUGUAAUGGUGUAAUAAUUGCCUAAUUAUCUCCAUUGUCCAGGCUUUCCCCUGCAUUGCCACAGGAAUAUAUGGUGAGUUUGUGUGUGAUCGUGUGUGUGUGUGUGUAUGUAUGUAUGUGUGUGCGCGUGUGUGUGUAUAUUUAUAUAUAUAUAUUAUAUUUAAAUAUAUACACACAUACUACAUACAUAUAAACAACUAUUUCUAAAAUUUGAGUAUAUAUAUAUAUAUAUACUUAUAUAUAUACUCCAUUUUAAUAAAUAGUUGUUUAUUUGUUCUUUACACUAUUUUCAGUAAAAAUGCAUAUUUAUAAUUAAUCUGCCAUUGCAGGAUAUCCAUCGGAGGACGCAGCCGAUGUGGCUCUCAACACAAUAAGGAAUUGUUUGGAAGAAAGCCCCGAUAAGGUGAGUACCAAAAGUUGGAUUCUAGAAAGAGGAAAACAAGCAUUCGUUUAUAAAGAAUCAUUUGUGAGCUAUCAACACGUGCAUAGUAUCUGUGAAAUUGGAAUGCAUAUGGGCAUGGUCUGUGGAGGUGGAAUACAACAAGCUGGCAGGCAGUUUUUUAUAUGUGUUGGUUACUCUUAUAGCAAGGGCGAAGGUGAAGGCUUCUCUGACAUCAGGAGCCCUUUAUUUUUUGCAAUUAUGAAUAGAUUUUCAGUUUUUGUUUUUUCAUUUGUUUUGUUUUCCAGUGAAGGACAAGUAUAUUAAAUGAGGAGCCUGCGCAGUUAGAUGCCAUAGGCAACCAAUGACUGGCAAUGUGCAAAGCUUUUGCUGCCAAAUCCUGCCAUUUAAAACCAAAGAUCGUAACUUUGAUUCCUUUUUUAAUGUACAUAUUUUGAUUACAUCAGAAUUUUUUUUUAAAUUCCAACAAAGUCAAAAACAGCUUUUCAUCUAUGAAGACUUUUUCAGUCUUUUCUUACUACUUUUCUUUCUCAUACCCUACUCUGGUUCUGUCUGCCCCUUGAUAUAGCUACGCGGGGUACGUGUGAGUGCACAUGGAUAACCAGUGAUGAAGUAAAUAUCCACCGUUUGGAGUUUGUUGCAUUAAGGGCAUUUCUUCAGAGUUCUAUAAUAGCUAUGGCAAGAGUCAAGGGAAUCUCUAUCCAUUCCUAUUUUCAAAAAAAUUUUUAUAGUUUUUUCGUUAUGCACAUAUUUAACAAAGUGGAUGAGACGGCUCACAUAGGGGCAUACCUAGAUAAAAAUGCUAUGAUUCUUGUGCUAGACAAUGUAAUUGGUUUUAUGUAAUAAUACCUUAUUAUUAUUGUUGUCAAAAUUUUGCGGAAUUUAGCAUUUUGCACCACUGUGUUAUGCUGUUUCUUGACCAAAAAUAAAGAAUUGGGGGAAAACUUUCAGUGCCACUUUAAGAUUAUAUACCUACUGUACGCAAAGUGGGUAAAGUUCUAUAUGAGUUACUUGUACUGUAGAUUGCAGUAAUGGCCAUAAUGUUUGUAUUGAAUAUUAUAGAAUGGCUCCUUUUAUAACUAAUUGGAUUUGGCUGCUAAAUGACAUAAAGCAAAAUCCAUACCUACCUGUCUACAGAUUGCAUUUCAUUGAUGUAGUUCACUCUCUCCCCUCGUGCGUUCUGGGUAACAUAGUGCAGAUGGGACUCUCUGUAAAAUAAAUGACUUCUGGAUUGUUUUAGAGUUGGAAUUGGACACUUUGACCUGUUAAGUGAAAACAAAUAUUGCAGACUAUAAUUUCAGCCAAGAAAAGAAAAUUGCUUCUACAGCAAAAUAAGUAUAAUUGUCCUUUCUUCAGACACAAAGUUUUGCAUAACUAUUUGGCAGACUACGAGUCAAUCAAGCUUUAAGUGAUCAGUCCAAGAUAUUACAACAUAAACAGUGAAGUGAUAAUGUGUUCUGUUCUGCAGUUAGAGUUCUAAUUCUCUUUAUAUGGGGGACCAGGACCCCACUGUCCCUUCCCCAUAGAAUGUGUGUCAUCUGGCUUGUCCUAAAAUCCUGCAUUAUAAAGUAAAGUACAUAUAGUAUCCAUGAAAACAGCAACCCAUGGACCUUUUCUAAGUACACUGCAAAUGGCGAUUGCACAAGUCCUGGGAAUUAUCAAUCAUGGGAAUCCUAGCAUAUAAACAGCCAACCAGUAGACAGUUAAGCUGUAGAACACUCCAACUGUCAGAGUAAUCCACUUCAAAAUAAAUGAGGUAGUUUUAUAUUGUCCAGUUAAUUUCCACCUGGCCUAGGGAAGCUGACAUGGACAAGUAUUCACCCAGCUAUCCUGAAGCUUGCCUGCUACUGACCACACACAAUAAAUAUAUACAAAGCCUAGACACACCUGCAGGAAAGCAAUGGAGUGUGUAUGUCAGGAAUACAACUGAUCCAACUUGCAAAGUGUGUACCAAAACCUAACAAAGAAGAAUUGGUCUGUAAGGGGCGUAUUACCAGUCCUUAGAGUGUUCAGGCUGAACACAAUGAUGGUAAAGAAAAUUGCCAACUACUACAUAGGCAUGGGCAAGCCAAAAAGGGAUGACCGAGGAGGUAAGUAGUUCAAGGAUGACCAAGAAAACAGAAGCUCAAAAAACCAAGUCAGGGAUGCCUAAAUUGAGGGGAAAAAAACAGUUUGCACAUUAUAACGAUGUCUGGAAUAUUAUUUGCAUUUCCAGAGUACAUGGGGGCAUCCAUGAGUUUGAUGCACUGGUAGGUUUCUGCUGGUGAAUGUCACUGGAGACUGCGCAUCGUUGGCGAGUAUAUACCUGUCAGAAACCAUAACAGUAUAUUAUUUGUAAGCAAAUAAUCUGAACAGGAACCCACAUCAUUUUCCAGUUUCUGUGCAAUCCAAUGUUAUUUUUAGCAACAAAAGAAGAGCGCGUAUUUAUAUUGUAUAUUUUUCUUCUAUUGUGUCAGAUACAGUAACUAUGUUAUAUGACGAGUGAGUGAACAAGAUUAUCUCCACUUGUCCCCAUUCACAAUUAUUUAAUUGUAUUUAAUAUACCUUGCUCAUCAAGCUGAUAUUCUGACUCCAUGAUGCAGAAAGACAUAUUCUUCUGUCUUUGUAUAGUCGGUGCAGGCGAGGGUUCCCUGAUUUUAAGUGGCAUAGUGCUAUACUUCAAUAGAUCAAGUGGCCAGCUAUGAUGAAUACGUUAAAGCGGAUUUGUCUCUUUUGGGAGUCUUUGCAGAUUUUGCAUCUCCCGUUAGGGUCAGGUGGACGAGGGGUGCAGUGGAAGGAAGGUUUACUUCUCCUAAGCCUAUCCACAUAUCCGCUGCCAUCUUCUUCCUCUAGGUUGUUUUCAGAGAUGAGCAUAGUCAAAGUCAGAGAGUUGAUGAGAAACUGAUGCAAAAAUAACUAAUCUGGAAAAAUUAUCCAACUCUCCAAAAUCAAACCUUGGCUAUUUUGUUGCAGUGUUUCCAUUUGGAAUUAUUGUAAAGGGACACUCCACUGCCCAGAUACAAUUAUUUUUUAAAAUCAUUAUUUAGUAUACAUUCCCCCAAUGAAAAUAUGCAUGCAGUUAUUGUCAUUGGGGGUAUAUUUAAAUAUCUCUUGCAAAAGCUGCAGAUCUCUUGUCUGCUGUCUUUGCAAAUCCUCACAUUCUAACCCCGCCCAGACUAUCUGUGGCUGUCCAAUCACAGACUUCCUAAUGCAGCAAAAUUAGAAUUUUCUGCAAAGCCGGUGCUAUGGGCAAUGGCUGUAUUUUGAGUCUAGCCCCACUGAGCUAAGCAACCAGAAAGACCUGUUGUCUGUUAGUCAGCAGGUUUUACAGGGUUAAAUUAUAAACGUUCUAAUUUCGAUUGAAAUCUGCACUUUUUGUAAAAUGGAAAAAAAGACAUACUCUUUACACAUAAUUUACUUCAACGAGCUAAAGCACUUUGUGUGUGGGGUGUUUAUUUAAUCUGAAUAAUUCAGAGUUUAGUGAAUAACACUCAUUGGGUGAAGUGAGGGAGAAAAAUGGAAAUAUAAUACACGUGGGGAUAUGGAGGGAAUAGAUGGAAAAAAGAUGGUCGGAGAUAGAGGGUGAGGAAAAGGAAGAAGAGAAGAAAAUGAGCGAAUUGUACAAAAUGAAAAAAAUGUGAUGGAGAGAACUGAAUUAAAUAAGAUGGUCAUGGUAAGAAAAACAUAAAGGAAGUAGAAGUACUAAAAUAAUUGAGAAACAUCGAGGCAGAAAAUGAGAUCUGUGGGAUUUAGCACUGGAGUUAAUGAAAGAGAAAGAAUGGGAGAGGAAAUGUUAGAUGUGACGGUGGUGGCUGGUUAACCUUGGCACUGCAAAUAUUCCAUUAUUAUGGGAAAUUUGGUAAACAGCCCCCUGGUGAACUUAGUACUGCAUGUUUAUAAAUCACAAACGUUCCACCUUUACCCUGGCCGAGAAAUGUACAUGGCAUUCCAUUGCAGUGACAGGACUAGUCAAUAUUAUGCCCUAACCUGGAUAUACGCCAAGCAAUUGAUAGAUCUUUGUAUAUAAUCGUUUGUACGUGUACAUUCACAGUCUACUUGCAUCUGAUUUUGUCCUCAGUUUGACCGAGUCAUCAUAUGUGUUUUCCUGAAGAAGGAUGAAGAUAUUUAUCUUCAGAAAUUUCCUGAAUAUUUUCCUCUGGGUGAGUGGCAGUAUGUGCUAAAAAAAAAAAAAAAAAAGUACUCUGAAAUGUUUUAACAAAUCCUUUUGUCAUUUAAGCUGAGCAUUAAUGAGCGCAGCGAAAUGACAAACUCGAACAAAAAUUCUGUGUGUUCUAGAAAUAAAGUCCUACAUGUUUUGGACACCAUUCUUAUCUUUGUUGCGCUCCACUGUACGUUUCAGUCAAGUUUCACUCUAACUUGUAUUGCAAACAAUAGAGGACGAGAACACAAUAGCCAUCGCUGAUAAAGCAGAGAAUGCGCCUUAUGCUAUUGAUCUCGGUGUGUCAGAAACUGAACUAUGCAUUGAAUUGAGCUGGAGAUCUAAUCAGACAGCACCUAAGUAUGAGAGAGGAGUGGUGGCUUUUAUAGACGCAAACGUGUCCUUAUGUUCAAGAUAAAUAAAAUACGUAAGAUUAAACCUGGAACAAGAAACGGACUAAAACUGCAAGGAAUAUGAACCUGCAGCACAAUCUUGCACACACAAUGUACUCAGUGGGUACCUUUCAAAUGGCACUCUGUGGAGCAGGCCUCUUACGCUAGAGCUGUAUAGAUUUUCACAAAAAUCCUUUAAUUAUUAGACCUCAAUAAGAUUUUCCAUGAGGUGUUAAAAAUACGAUCCCCAUAUUUCGUCCAUUUUUCCUCCAUUUUCAAAGGUUUUGAAAUCAAUAUAGGACCCACACAAAAUCAGGGGAGAUUGCCUUUUCCUAAAAAAAGAAAAUCUGGCACCCCUUAGAACCGUCUCAUACUUUUAAUCACACUGUUUUUGAUAGGCAGAAUAGCACUCUGUCACUGGAAAGGUUGUGAGAAAGUGCCAGUGUAACACUGCAAUAUUAUGUAGCAUAUAUGAGCUCAGUUCUGUUGAAGGGUUACUCUAAGCAACUUGACCCCUUCAAUGAUUUGAAGUGGUCAUGGUGCCUGGAGUCUUUAUGUGCUGCGUUUCACUUUGAAAUGUCGCUCAUACAGAGUUUAAACCCCUAUGCUGCCAGAGAUGUAACUACAUCAACGGCAGCUUCAUUGGGUCGUCUGCUGCCUGCCCCGAACAUAAUGUUGGUUCUAAUAAAUGUUUUUUGUGUUUUCACUAAUUUUACUUUGUAUCUCUUGUUGUACUGUCAAUGUUACAGAUACUGUGAGGAUAAGAUGACAACGUCUUGCAAAAUAUUGUUUUUAGAUCAGAACAUUUGACUGCCAGAAUGUUUCCACUAUGAUCGCUCAUAAACAAUUGUAAAGUGGGGGAUUAGUCACCCACCUAUACUGUACACAUGACUGGUGGAAAACAAAAAUGUCUCUUUAGAUUUAAGUGCAGUGAAUUACCGUAUGUGCUUUAAAAGCACAGAUCUCUUAUGUCUGUCCAAUUAACUGUUAAUGGAAUGGGGUGCAGGAAAAAUAUACAAUCCCAGCACCUAUAAGCAUUAAUUUCACAGGCUGGCAAAUGUAGUACGUUGCCAUUAAAGUAGUAGGGGACAGCCACAACUGCACUUUGCCUUACCUGCUUCAUCAGGAAUGAGAUUGAAUGAUGCUCUACGGAAAGAGUAAUGAAUAGGUCUUUUAUUAAAGCAUGUUCUGCUUUUUCAGCCUGAAACAGACUAUGUCCUCAGUCAGGGAGCGUGGUAAGAGCUUGGUGUGUGAGUCAUGAAAACAUAGUAAUAGAUUAUGUGUGUGCUUGCAUGCUCACAGCAAUACGUUCGAACAUGUUUGCGUGCAAUACACUAUAACAUAAGCCAUGUUAAUUACAUUUUAAGAAAAUCUACUUCUGCAAGUCCAGAACUAUUUCUAACCAGACACAUAAUUGAUAUUCUCACUUUAAUAAAAUGUUUUCUGUGUGUUUUCUAUAAUGUAAAUAAUUUUCUGCUGAAACAAGUUGGUCUUGCUGUUUGUAUUGCAUUAAUAGUCUUGUAUCAUUAGUUUGACAUUGAAUACUUACCUAUAGAAGGAACUGUCUUUGGUGAGGUUUUCUUCCAAAGUUGUUUAGGCCAUUGCUUUGUCAUUUUCAUCUGGUCGAUGGUUGUUUUUUAUUCUCCUGCUAUGUAUUUUAUUUUUACUCCUUACAUGGAACUUCUGAUCUAGGGUCACACACAUUGUACUCAGAUCCACUAUUGAGUAUCAAGGCAGAAUAGGCAGUACGGUUGAAUGUGACCCGUUCAAACCAGAGUCCACUUGUCGACUGGUUAAAAUAUAACAUAGCUUCAUUAAAGAUCUGCACUAGAUGGGUGGCCCAUAACGAGACUGCAUUGACUGCUCUCUUACCCCAUGUGUAAAUCAUUGGUUCGACGAGGAUAUCAUGCAAUUUACUAUUAAUGCUGUAAGGAUGCCAUGCGCGAGUGUGGGUGCUCCAGUCUUCUAUUUCAUGUUCCUUCACUGCACUCACCAUUUUGCUGUCUGUGGCAUGAUCACCUCCCCUGCUAGCCUUCUCAUGCCAGUUGCCAAGCAUCUUAUGUCCCUCCCAAGCCAGAUAUAUCACAGCACUUUUACCUGUUUUUUUUGCUCAGCACCCAUUUCAUGCCUCCAUCACUAUCUAAUGUCUGCUUGCCAUUCAUUUAAUGUCCUUCUCUCCCAUUGACCUAUCAUGUCAUAUAAAUAAUGACUCUCCUUCCCCAAACAUUCUUCUUAUACUACCUGCAAUCCACCCCAUGCCUCUCCUUGACCGUCUUUAAUGUAAUUGCCCUGACAUCCAUCCCACCUCCCCUCAUACCUAUCCGUCUCUUACAUGCCUCUCUAAAGAUUCUCAUACCUUCUCCCCAGACAUCAAUUUAAUGCCCCUUGACAUGCUUUAAAUUUCCCUUUACUUACCAUAUUUCCAUUUUAUGUGCCAUGCCACCCAUUCAUCAUAUUUCACUAGUUCUCAAUUAAUACCCGCUGUUGUGUCCCUUCCACCCAAUGUUCUCUGUCGCUCACCUGAUGUUCCUGGCACCGUUCCUUUCAUGCCCCAAUUAAUCUCAUCCCUAAAGAUGAUCAAAUUUCCUUCCACAACCUCCCUAAUCUCCCUAGUCUCACAUUAACCUCUGCAGCACCCCUUUCCUUACUCAUUUCCUAUAUUCCAAUUCUGUCUGACAUGUCUCAUUGCCUCGAAUUCCAGUCUCCACAUUCAUUCCCUGUCCUCUCUUCCAUCCAUCUUCUCCUCUUUAUUAUUUUCCUUCUCUGUUGCCUCACUGUUUUAUAAAGCUGUUUUGUUAUUUAAUUUUCCCUCAGGCAUCCAAUACUCUAGUGCUUAGUUGGAAUGAAGUUUCUCUGCAUGUUCUGUUAUAUGGAUUUGUGAAUCAAGGGCUCAGAAACAGAGAUAAGGCAUGGUUAUGUGAAAGUAUUUACUGCUGGGAGGAAGGGCUCUAAAGCAAACAUUUUGUUGUGUAAAAGUGAAAUAUUUACCAUCCAAAUUCUAUCAGCCAAAAUAUUAGCUACAUGUAUAUAGAAUAUUGGUGAAAUACAUAUAUGAAAAACUAGGUGUACAGAAGAUUACAGUGGUAAACUACAUGUAUAAAUGGUGACAUUGUUAUAAUUAAAAAUAAUACAAUAAUUAUUUUAUUAGCAUUUAUUAAUGGCAUCUCCUGAUCCUCACUGAAACAUGUCUCUCCUCAUCUGACUGUGCCACCCCUGUCUUAUGGUGGCCUCCAACUCUUGCAUACUUCCGGACCUGGUAAAUGCAAGAAUGGUGGAGUGGGUCCAAAAGAGGUACAGACGGUGAGGGGAGGUGGGAUAAACUAGAGAAUGGGGUCAAAAGUGUUGAAAGCAGCAGAAAAAUCAAGAUGAAUAUGUAGGGAGUUAUGGCCUUGGAUUUUUUCCAUUACUUCUCGAAUUACAAACUAUCCAAUUAUGGAAUUCCAACUAUCUACUUGACCCGCAUCAAUCCGGCUUCCACUCCAAACACUCCACAGAGAGUCUACUGACCAAAGUGACUAAUGAAUAAUUAGUGAUGGCAAAAUACAAAGGCUAUUAUUCUAUACUUAUUAUUCUCUUUCUGCCACUUCCAACACUGUUGACCAUCCUCUUCUCCUCCUCACCCUUCACCAACUUUUGCCACAGUGGUACCGCACCCUCCUGGUUCUCUUACUUCAUCUCUAGCUGCUCCUUCAGUGUCUUCUUCUCUUGUUUCUCCUACACCUCUGAACCUCUUGUGGUUGCCAUUCAUGGAAGCUCUGUACUGGGACCUCUUCUUUUCUUAAUUUACACUUCCUCUCUUAAUAUCACCUGCAUGCUGAUGAUACCCAGAUCUUACUCUCCUCACCUGAUCUUUCACCCCCUCUGUUGGAUCAUGUCACUGACUGCCUAUUCUCUCUCUGAACUGGAUGACUUCAUGAUUUCUUAAACUCAAUCUCUUCAAGACUUAACUCCUUGUCUUUUCUCCUUCUAAGGCUGACACUGUAAUCUCUAACCCACAGGCACAUUGUCACGCGCACAGUUUAGUGAUGCCGGGCUGGAAUUACAUAUUCCGGCACCCUGCAUCACCACAGAGGGCGUGCAUGAGCAGUGAGGAGCAGGAGAACAGACUGUGCUCGCUGCCGUCAGGUUCCUCUCCCCCCGGCUGGGUAGAUUUUAGCAGAGUAGGCACCUGCAACGUGGCCUUAACAGUAAGCAUGUACUCGCGGCUUGCUGGGCCGCAAUGAUAUUCAUUGUUGGCCGCGAGUUUGACAUGCUUGGACUACAGGAUAUCAGCACACUGAGCAUUUUACCAGAUGACCAGCCUGGCCCUGCUUGUAACGGAGCAUUACUAAAUCUGCCUUUAUGUAUUUAUUCAGACUCUCAAACCUACCACCUAUGGCUGCAGUACCAUGUGCCUGAUCACACCUCAAUCAUGUCAAAAUACUGGUAGUUGAUCAGACCAAUCUUUAUUUAAUUUUGUUUCCCACGCAUAAUAAAGAAGAAACAUUUUAUAAAGAUAAUUCCAGCCAAGAUUUAACAUUUCAUUGUGCUCAGAAACAAAUUGUAAAAUUGCAUGUUUGUUUUUUUGAGAGAUGGGUUUGGUAUAUGUCGGAGUAUUAAAAAAAAAAAAAUGCUCAUAUUACAGGAUUCUUCUUUCUCUACUUACAGACGAAGAGGUCGACGACGACAACGCUGAAUCUGAUCCUGAGAAUUCAUCUACAUGUGUUUGAGUCUCCAAUAUUCCUGCUUUCCUCCUGCUCCAUGUAUUUGCAGUGAUAUUAGUAAAGUCAAUACUACAAUCAGCUUUAUGGCGUGAUUAUUUACCCCAAAUAAGAGGCACAAGAAAGUGGAG